UGUGAAGAAGAGGCGAGAACGACCCCUGGACCAACCAAAGCCCGCACCCCACUGCACCCUGCGUCUGGUGCCCAUGUCCUGCCGCUGUCGUCACCAUGCCCAAGAGAAAGGCUGAAGGGGAUGCUAAAGGAGAUAAAGCCAAGAUGAAGGAUGAACCACAGAGAAGAUCUGCAAGGUUAUCAGCUAAACCUGCUCCUCCAAAGCCAGAGGCCAAGCCUGAGAAGGCCCCUGCAAAGAAGGGAGAGAAGGUACCCAAAGGGAAAAAGGGGAAGUCUAAUGCUGGCAAGGACGAAAGUAACCCUGCAGAAAAUGGAAAUGCAAAAACAGACCAGGCACAGAAAGCUGAAGGUGCUGGAGAUGCCAAGUGAAGUGUGUGCAUUUUUGAUAACUGUGUACUUCUGGUGACUGUACAGUUUGAAAUACUAUUUUUUAUCAAGUUUUAUAAAAAUGAAGAAUUUUGUUUUACUUUUUUUUAAAGCUAUGUUGUUAGCACACAGACCACUUCAUUGUUGUUUUGGGG